AGUUGCUUGUCACUAGUCUAAGUUCUCGAAACGUGUGCGGGGACACUCAUAAAUUUAAUAUACAGUUUUAUAUUAUUAUUUUAUAACAUGUCUUAUUCAAAUCGGGGCUUUGAUUUCCAUCUGUCGGAUGGAGGCUGGUGCAGCCCCGCGAACGACAUGUACUUUCGCCGUAGCGUCGAAUGGGUACCAAUACGGAGUGCUGGCGUUGGUCGUUCAUUCCCCAAUACAUAUGGCAUGGUUUAUCCACGCGUUAUAGGCUUGCUUCCAAGAUAUGGUGGACAUGUGCCCGGUGAGAUUUUUGAUGUUGGACGUACUUUUGGUCGCUCUACGGUCGAUGCCAAGCGCUGGCUGGCACUGAACCGUGAUUGAAUGGACUAUAAGCUCAAUAAUUUAAUAGAUUUUGUUGAAAGCAUCAAAUUACUUAAUAAAUUGUACUGUUAAUUAGCCAUCAAACUUCAAAAA